GGAUUUAUAAUUCAUGGAUGAUGAAUAGAAAUUAUAAUCUUCAUAAUUUCUGUUUCUGCAAAACUCAAGACAAAAAUCCAUUCCACCAAGAUAUUUCUGCACCCAGGAUGACAGAGAUUUUAAUGCCUCAGACUGAUUGUUGAACACAUGCAAUGGAAAAGAAGUCUGACAAACAAGCUGAAUGUGAGCCAAUUGUAGAACUUAAUAAAAGAGAUAUCAUACAAUCUCAAGGAGAAGAGACCUUUAAAAUUUUUCUCUCUGAGCAAAUUGAUGAAGGCUAUUUAGUGCAGCCCUUAUCAAUGACGAAUCUCUCUAAGAAGGAAGUUAAAGAAAUUGAAAGAGGCUUUACUAAUUCCAAAUCAAGGAAAGAUGUCAUUUAUAAGGCAAUACUCAGGUUCUUUAGAAGAACUUGUCAGACAAAUAUAAGGCAAAUGAAAUGCUUUAUUUGUAGAAAUGAAAAUGAGGUAGAUCUUAUCUGCCCUCACACUGAUGAAAAUUCAAUAACUUAUUUAAGUUCAGAGUUAGAUAUCCCUGUAACUCCUGAGCUAGAUGAAAUAUUUAGAGUAAUAAUAUCAUUCGGCUCUGUUACAUCUAAUGCAGAUUCUUCUACCUAUGAGUUUACUAGCUUGUUCAAAACCUUAAUGGUAAAAUUUAAUCACAAAAAGCUCCAAAAAGUAUUAUCAAACAAAUAUUUUGCAAUUAUUUUCCUCAAAUUCUGGCAGAAAUCUGAAUUGUUCCAAAAGAUGGUAGACUGUCUCAACACAAAGAGAGAAGAAGAGGUCAACGAAGAAGCAUACACCUAUUACCUCCAAAAAUUGAUGCAUAACUGUACAGAGACUUUGCAGGAGCCAAUAUCAUAUUUCUAAUUCUUAUAAUUAGUUCC